GACGUGAAAGAAUUGCGAUGACGAAAAUUGAUGAAAUGGUUAUCCGGGUGCUGUACGGAAGCGAGACCGGAACCGCUCAAGACGUCGCCGAGCAGAUCUGGAAGAGCGCCAAAAGAAAAGGAUUGCAAAGCGCCGUAUCAUCUCUGGAUGAAUAUGAUAUUCAAAAUCUCCCUUCCGAACAACUGAUUAUCUUCGUUGUCGCAACGACUGGACAAGGAGACCCUCCAGCCAACAUGAAACAAUUUUGGAGACAACUAUUGCGCAAAAAUCUUCCAGCAACCAUGCUCAAAAAUCUAAAAUAUGGCGUACUUGGAUUGGGCGACAGUUCAUAUUCCAAAUUCAACUUUGCUGCGAAGAAAUUAAACAAACGCCUUGCGCAAUUAGGUGGCGAAGAAUUAUUGCCCAUUGGACUUGCUGAUGAUCAGCACAAUCUGGGAAUUGACGCUGUAGUUGAUCCCUGGAUCAAAAAAUUAUGGGACGAAAUUGUAGACGUUUUUGAAAUUUCUGUGAAAGAGAAAACGAAUGAAGAAAAUUUAAUAAUCGAGAGAUUUGGUGUUUCAAUAAUAGAAAUAAAUCAAUUAAAUCCGAUACGUAUUGACGAACUGUUAACAGGCAGUCCGUACCAAUCAAAUGCUGACAUCUAUGCGCAAGAAACGUUCAUAAAUAGCGAUGUUAGAAUAGGAACAAUAGUCGAAAAUAUAAGAACCACUUCCGAAGAUCACUUUCAAGAUGUUAGAUUAAUAAACAUCCAAGCGGAUAAUAUUAAAUAUGAUCCUGGAGACGUUAUCUACAUUAGACCAAAGAAUACUGCGGAACAGGUGAAACGAUUUUUCGACAUACUACGCGAACACGAGAUAAAACUGUUUCCAGACACGGUGAUCCAAGUAUCGGAGAAGGAGAUAAAGGUUCCGUUUGUUUUAAAACGAAAUUUAACUUUGAGGGAGAUCGUUGAGCAAUACUGGGACCUGAAUUUCAAGCCACGAAGAUCUACCAUGCACACUUUGUCUCUUGUCAGCGACAAUGAGUUGGAGAAAGAAAAACUGUGCGAAUUUGCCAGUCCGAUUGGUCAAGAAGAGCUUUAUGAUUAUAUAAACAGACCGAGACGAAAUAUUUUGGAGGUUCUCACAGAUUUCCCUCACACGACCAGUAAGAUGAACAUUAAAUUAUUGUUUGAAAUCAUGUCGCCAAUAAAGCCACGUCCUUACAGCAUUGCCUCCAGCUUAGAAGCUACUCCAAAUAGAAUACAAGUUUUGGUAGCGGUAGUUAAAUUUAAGACCAGAUUGGUGGAGCCAAGAUUUGGGUUAUGUACAAAGUGGCUAGCAAGUUUAAAAAAUAACAACAAAGUGAUCUUUUGGCUGCAGAAAGGAACUUUUCGAUUCAACAAUGACAAGCCGAUGAUUUUGAUUGGCCCUGGAACUGGAGUGGCUCCGUUUAGAUCUUUGCUUUUGGAGAGGGCAAAAAAAGAAAAAGACCUGAAAGAAUGCAUCCUGUUCUUUGGAUGCAGGAAUGAGGAUAAGGAUUAUCAUUGCAGGCAGGAUUUUGAGCGUUUAUCGAGGGAGAACAAUCUGAAAGUGUUCUGCGCGUUUUCCAGAGAUCAGGAUCGUAAAAUAUAUGUGCAGCAUGUUAUCCGCCAGCAAAAGGAGCUGUGCUGGCAAUUUUUAGAAAACAAUGGCAGUAUUUAUUUAGCGGGAACAGAACCUGUACGUCUUUCACCGGGAUGGGAAGGUACAGGUAGACCUGACGACGAAUUGAAUUUUAAAGGCGUUACAAUGGAUCAAGCAGAUCUUGAAUUGAAUCCUCCUAGAGAUAGAUUAAAUUUAGUAUUUUUCAUAUUGGUACUGCAUGGAAUCGGUGCCUUGAUGCCAUGGAAUAUGUUUAUAACAGCUAAACAAUAUUUUGUCGGAUACAAAUUGUCUAAGGAAUAUACUGGUGUAGAUACGAACUAUGCGACGAAUUUUCUAGCAUAUCUGGGAUUUGCAUCACAAGUACCGAAUUUGUUAUUCAACUGGUUAAAUGUAUUUUUACAAUUUGGAGGUAACUUGACGACGCGCAUAGUAUGGAGUAUCUUUGUUCUGGUCUUGAUAUUUGUCUUUACUGUCGUCUUGGCAAUGACUGACAGUUCUGACUGGUCCGGAGUAUUCUUCUGGAUUACUAUGGUAUCCGUUGUUAUAUUAAAUACUGCCAAUGGCAUUUACCAGAACUCGGUGUUUGGAAUGGCAGCUAAAUUACCCAUUAAGUACACGGGCGCUGUUGUUUUAGGCUCAAAUAUCAGUGGAACUUUUACAGCUAUAAUAAACUUCCUAGCGCAAAUAAUGGCUCCAAACGCGCGCACCGCCGCCAUAUAUUAUUUCAUCACGGCUUUGUUCAUUCUCUUGGCUUGCUUUGACACAUACUUUGCACUUCCAAUUAACAGGUUCUAUCGAUAUCACGAGCUUCUCCAUCAGAAAGAGAUGAAUAAAAGACAAUUAGAGAGCAGUUCAAGAGGAAAACAUAAACCUAAACCAGCCUAUUGGCUGGUGUUCAAGGCGUGUUUCCCACAAUGCUUCAACACAUUUUUAAUCUUCUUCGUUACUUUAGCGCUUUUCCCAUCUGUCCAAUCCGAUAUACGUUCUUCAGAUGAGAAUUUUGUGGUUCCAUCUGACUAUUAUAGCAGCGUUAUGUGCUUUUUAACGUUCAAUAUCACCGCCAUGCUGGGAAGCUCGAUUGCAUCAUUAGUUCAGUGGCCGAGCAAGAGAUAUCUGGUGAUCCCAGUGGUUCUGCGACUUGCUUACAUACCGUUAUUCUUGCUCUGCAACUAUCACCCGGCUGAAACAAAAAGAAUAUUGCCGAUACUUAUCAAUAAUGAUUGGGUGUUCUUCGUCAUUGCCGUUACUAUGGGCCUUAGUAGCGGCUAUCUGUCGUCAUUAUCGAUGAUGUAUUGCCCUAGAAUGGUGGAUUCGCAGUACGCUUCGACAGCUGGCAUGUUUGGGGCAGCGUCUUUGAUCACGGGGAUUUUCACGGGAAUUCUAUUUUCCAUGGUGAUGCCUUCUCUCGUGGCCAACGUGACAUUUUGAUCGUUUUAAAGUUAAGAUUCAGCAUCGCGAUAUGCUUAUAUAUUAACUCAGGAGCUAGAAAAAAGAUUAAAAAUUAAGAAUGCACAGUUUAUCUUUCACAAUUACAAAUUAAUAUAAAAUAAUUUAAAAACUUGGAGAAAGAACAAUGUCGAAGAGGAUAAGUAAAAUGUUAUUUCUAAGAACAGCUCGAGAAAAGAAAUAAUAUUUCAGAAACGGAAGUUACUUUCUUCGACACGAAUGAGAGAAGUGUUUUGGAGAAUGCUCUUUGCUUAUAUAUACGUUAAACAUAUACGUAUAAAUCUAUAUAUACAUAUAUCUCUAAUCUACAAUUCUUUAAAUAACAAACUAUAAGGAUGAACUUUUAAGUAAAAGCCGUUUGAAGUAAUGCGUGUUUUUUAUAGGUGUGUGGCUUGAAGUUUCUAUUGAUUGAUGAUUUUUAAAGUCCCGUUAAUAGGAGAAAUAGAAAUACGAAAGUAAAUUAAGACCAUGUAAAGUGCAUUAAUGACACAAUCUGAUCGUCUUACAACAGAUUUGUAUAGGAAAUACCGGAAUCCAUGGUUUUAUGAGGUUAUAGAAACUAGGUCUACUAUAUUACUACUGCCCCUAUUACUAAAACCGGACCAAUAAGCCUUAUUAAUAAAAAGAAGCUAUGCGUCGCUUCAGUUUUUGUAUUCAAAUAGUAAUCGCUAAAUCAUUAAAUUUAUCAGGAAGAUCACGUAUAAAAUCUGUAUAAUUCGUUGCGCGUUUAACGCUAUAUACAUAUAACGUUCAUUUAUUACGAUCACAUUUAAAAGAGAAUGAAAACAUUUAAUACAAUUAUUAUCGAAUUAUUUCUCAUAUAGCACUAAACACGCAACGAGAAUAUAUCUCUUAAUGGAUAAGCAUUACAUUUUCAAAUAGAGUUUACGCUAAAGUUGCCAUGCUGAAUUUUUCUGCAGAGAAUAUUUCGUUUUUAAAUUAGUCUGGUCAUAGAUAUGUUACAGUAUGAAACUAAUUUUAAAGACGAGAUAAUUUUAAAUGACAAUUCUCAGCAUUCUACAAAUUAAACAAUUAUAUAUAUGAUUUUACUUAAUUAUAUUAAAACUAAAUUUACAAUUUCGAAUUGUCUAAAUUCUGCAGCUUGAAUCUGGUAAAAUUAAAAGUCAACAUAAUUACAAAUAAUACAAAAUAAAAGGCCAAGUCUGAUAAUUUCUUUACAUCAUAAUAGAAUGUAACAAGAUCUGAUGUAAUAGUCUUGUAAUGAAUUUUUGUUUUAUUUGUAGCAUUAUAUUCUACUCCGCAAUUACAAGGUUGUAUUUUUUUUACUUUUUUUAGUACUAUUUGGUAUUUUAUUUAAUAUUUUUA